GCAGGCUAUGCAAAGUCACCAGUGACUCAAAGGAGAAGGAAUCAGGGUUCAGGAAAGCUCUGUUUCAAAAGGAGCUCUCCCUAGAGAUUUAAUUGUGUUGCAAAGGCAGAGUCAUGUUGGUUAGCAGUCUCCGCCUGCCUCGGUGUUGUUUUAUUUUUUCCCUUCACUUCCUCUGAUAAAAGGCUUUAAACUACACAGUUCAAGUCAGACCAGAGGACUAGAGUCAGAACCAGUUAACAGACAUGGACAUGCAAGGCCCUCCACAACAGAUGGGCUAUCCAGCCCCCGGGCCUAUUGGCUUUCCUGCCAAUCAGCAUGCUGCCUUUUCUAAUCAGCCUCAGCCUGGUACAUCUCAAUGGGCACAGUGGACUCCAGCAGCACCACCACUGAAUUGUCCACCUGGACUGGAAUACUUAACUCAGAUAGACCAAUUACUGAUCCAUCAGCAAGUUGAACUUCUGGAAGUACUCACAGGUUUUGAAACCAACAACAAAUAUGUAAUUAGCAACAGCCUUGGACAGAGAGUUUACUUUGCAGCGGAGGAAAAUGAUUGCUGUACUCGAAACUGUUGUGGAAACUUACGACCCUUUAUUUUAAAGAUUCUGGACAAUACAGGCCGGGAAGUGAUAACCAUCAAUAGACCUUUCAGAUGUGUUUCCUGUUGUUACCCCUGCUGCCUCCAAAAGUUGGAAGUACAAUCUCCUCCUGGUGUACCAAUAGGUUACAUUACCCAAAACUGGCACCCUUUUCUGCCAAAGUUUACAGUUCUAAAUGAGCACCAUCAGGAGGUGCUGAAAAUCCAAGGCCCAUGUGUUGUUUCCAGAUGUUGCUCAGACGUUGACUUUGAGAUAACAUCUCUUGAUGGAGAGACUAAAAUUGGAAAAAUUACAAAACAGUGGACAGGAUUUAUAAAAGAAGCAUUUACAGAUGCUGAUAACUUUGCAAUUCAGUUCCCAUUAGACCUCGAUGUGAAAAUGAAGGCGGUGAUGUUGGGUGCUUGCUUCCUUAUUGACUUCAUGUUUUUUGAACACGGUGGAGGCUCUGAAUCGAGAGGAGGAGUAUGGCAAUAAUUGGCUGGACUUAUCCUCGGUUUCAUUUAAAGAAAUUGUAUUGGGACAUUUGAAUUGGAAAUAUGAUGGGAUUUUAAAAAUUCAACUUAAAAAGUAUACUGAUAAUGGUGGGAUCUAUACAGUAAUAACACUCAGCUUUAUGCUAUUUCUCUCAAAUUACAAAAUAUGUCCUUCAUUAGUUUCCUUACCUGUAAAUUAAGGGAGUUGGAUUAAAUUACCAUUAAGGUUCCUUCCAGGUGUAGACUUAUGAGCCAUUGAUCAUAUCAGUGACUUACAAAAGUCUGACAUAUCAAAUCUGUUUUGAAUGUAGAAUGCUUGUUUUGAGGACAGUAUGCAAGUAAUGUUUGACAUUUAGAUAUAAAUGACUACUAUAUAAAAUGGUUCUGGGCUAAAAUGUCUUUUUUAUGGAAAAGUUUUUUUUUUUUUUUAUUUUUUCUCAGUUUAACUUAUAGCUAGCUAAAAUUCAUAUACAUGAUUCAUUUUGUAAGCUCUUAUAUGAUUUGAAAAUAUACCUAAAUAAAAUAAAACAUAGUAGCAUUUACAGAAUUUAUAGCAAUACAGAAAAAAAUUUCUUUAAUCAUCUGGUGCCUGAGAUAGCUGUGCCUAAGGAAAUUUAGCCAUUGUGAAUAUAAUGCUCUUUUCCAAAAAAUAAGAAAUCACUCUAUUUUUGUGUCUUUUAUUACAGAGAGAUGACUAUUUUUUUGCUUAUGUAACUAAUUAUUGGGAUCUCCUUGAGGGCAGAGGACAGUCUUUUGCCUCUUUUUGGAUCCCCAGCAUUUAGUAUAAUGCCUAGCACAUAGUAUGUGCUUAAUAAAUAAUUGUAGACCUACUAACUAAUGAUAAAGAACACCUGGGGGGAGUGUUCGGAAGGAAGGAUGGGGUUUGAUCUGCUAAUUUUUCCUCAAUUGAGGGCACACUUUUAGAUGUUCGUUUCCCUGUUCCCACUGAAACUGUCAUUUUGUUCACAAGUAUUUACUUGUAGCCCAGUGCUCGAUUCCAGUUAAUUUUCUGUUGUAUGAAUUAAACUGUAAAGAUUUUCUUAAUUAAAUAAAUUCAACAUAUGCCAUAUA